CUCUGGUCCAGCGGAGCUGUCCGUCCUGCGCCGACAUUUCUCCGUCCAGGAAUACAAAGUGAUGUCUCACUGCGAGCGGCUGCACAGAGAGGCACAGGAGGACCGGCAGUGAAAACUUUGUGUCUUGUUUCACUCUUCUCAAAGGAGUAUAUAUAUAUAUAUAUAUAUAUAUCUUUUUUUUUCGUUCAUUUUUCGGUUUGAAGACGAAGACGUCUCCCGUAAUGUCGGACCCCUUGUAAAAAAAAACAAACAAACAAUCAAACAAACUCGCAAACUUUUCUGUCUCCAAUGCGGGAGAGGGGACACCUCGGGGGGAUUGUGUUUUUUUUUGUUUUGUUUUUUGGCCACCCUGUGUUCCAGUCUGGAUUGUGAGCUGCCGUGUUCGAGCCCAGGAAUGCCCGGUUUUUCGCUCUAGCUCCAUGUAAAUCUCUCCGUCCUCCAGCUUUUCGCCGGCCCGGACUCCGCCGCUGCCCCCCCCCCCUCCCUGGAUAUACGAGGACGUUUUGCGCAGUCACUCGGCGUAAAUGGAUCGCCAGUCCAGCUUCAUUUCCAUUUGGCUACAACUGGAACUCUGUGCCAUGGCUGUUCUUCUUACGAAAGGAGAAAUACGGUGUUAUUGCGACGCCCCGCACUGCGUGGCCACUGGAUACAUGUGCAAAUCCGAACUGAACGCCUGCUUCACCAAGGUCCUGGACCCACUCAACCCAAACUCGCCCCUCACCCACGGGUGUUUAGAUCCCCUCGCCAGUGCCGCAGACAUAUGCGGCACCAGCUCGCGGGCCACGGACGCCCUGAGCGGGGCCUUGGCCACGGCGCUGGAGUGCUGCCACGACGACAUGUGCAACUACAGAGGCCUGCAUGACCUGGCACACACCAGGGACUCAACAGAUAGCCGGUUCCAGCCGGACAGCAACAACAGGAACCUGGUGACCCGGGUCCAGGAGCUGGCCUCGGCCAAGGAGGUGUGGUUCCGGGCAGCGGUGAUCGCCGUGCCCAUCGCCGGCGGCCUGAUCCUGGUGCUGCUCAUCAUGCUGGCGUUGCGAAUGCUGCGCAGUGAGAACAAGCGGCUGCAGGACCAGCGGCAACAGAUGCUGUCACGGCUCCACUAUAGCUUCCACGGCCACCAUACCAAGAAGGGCCACGUGGCCAAGCUGGACCUGGAGUGCAUGGUGCCGGUCACAGGCCACGAAAAUUGUUGCCUGACCUGUGACAAGAUGAGGCAGGCCGACCUGGCCAAUGACAAGAUCCUGUCUCUGGUGCACUGGGGGAUGUACAGCGGCCGCGGCAAGCUGGAGUUUGUAUGACUUCCUGCUGGGAACUAUGUGACUGUCACCUCCCCACACCCGGCCAGGACUGCCUCUCAGUUGUUGGCUUUCGCUUUUUACUUUUAAAGACAUUCCCAUGUUUUUUGUCCACUGGACUGUUGGGUUAAUGUUUUCGGUCUUUUUUUUUUUUU